UGCCCUGCCUUCCACUGGUUUCCAGGAGUCCUUGGAGACUGUGUUCGGAGAGAAGGGAUUCCUGAGUAUACUAUUAAGGGGGAACGGGGAAAGUUGGUGAUUCGAGUUGAAAUGAACAUUUGGGAUGUUUCAGAAACAAGUGAGAACAGUAAUGCCUGUAUUUUGUUCUCCUUGUAGUACAAGGCCAAUAUGCACUUUCACAAGUUGUUUCUUGACGUCCCCACUGAGGAACCACUGAGGCAAAGCUUUACCUGUGCUCUACAGAAAGAAAUACUGUACCAAGGCAAGCUCUUUGUAUCUGAAAACUGGAUUUGUUUUCAUUCGAAAGUCUUUGGAAAAGAUACGAAGAUCUCCAUUCCGGCUUUCUCAGUCACCCUAAUAAAGAAAACCAAAACUGCCCUUCUGGUGCCAAAUGCCCUGAUUAUAGCGACAGUCACUGACAGGUACAUGUUUGUCUCCUUACUCUCCCGGGAUUCGACUUACAAACUACUGAAGUCUGUGUGUGGGCACUUAGAUAUUACAAGUGUCGGUAACAGCCCCAAUCCCUCCUCUGCUGAGAACAGUUUCCGGGCAGACCGCCCUUCAUCUCUGCCUCUGGAUUUCAAUGAUGAAUUCUCAGAUUUGGAUGGAGUGUUUCAACAAAGAAGGAAGGACAUAGAAGGAUACAGCAGUUCUGGCUCUCAGACUCCUGAAUCGGAGAACUCUCGAGAUUUCCAUUUGACAGAGUCCCAGACGGUUCUGAACGUCUCCAAAGGAGAAACAAAGCCAACUCGAGCGGACGCCCAGGUGACCAGAAUGCCUGAAGGAAAAGCAAAGACCCUAACUGUCCAUGGUCAGUCAGAAAGCAUUGGAAUAUUACACAAAGUAAAGUCUCCGAAAUGCCUGCCUCUCCACCAUAUUCUUAUAGUUUAUGCAGUUGUUGUCUUUGCACUAAUCAUCUCGACCGUCUACAUGAGAUAUAGAAUUAAUACUCUGGAAGAGCAGCUGGGAUCGUUGACCUCCAUUGUGAACGCCCCUGAUACUGAACAGACAGUACCAUCUGGCCUGGGGUCACAAAUGCCGUUAAAUGUGGAGGUCCUUUGCCAAGAGCUUACAACUAACAUCAUGAAAUUGGAAAAGAUACAACACAACUUACAAAAGCUGCUUGAGAAUGGGGACUGAACAACCUUGUUGCUUAGGCCAACACAAUACCUCACACUUCCCUUUGAAGAAGGUGCUUCCUCAGGCGUUCUGGUGGAGUGCCCCCUGCUGGUCAGAGGAGCUCAUGAACAGGAAUCCAAAACCACAUUUGUACGUGGAGGUCUCCAGCUCAGGGAGAGGCGGAAGAAGAAUCUUGGUUCCUGUGCAAUAAAUGUUGACCUUCACUCCGAAGACACUGCUGCUGCCCGAAGAAUGCAAUUUCCUGGAUGUGUCCCAGAACGUCCCUGUGGAUUAUUAUGGGUGAUUAUGGUUCAGCAGUAACAGAGUAGGUGACAACAUACAAAUUCCACUCCAUGCAUUUUCAGUCUUUGCUACCCAUUGUUUCCUCCCCUGGAGCCUUGCUGGUGCCAUGGAUUAAGGGUUAGCAGCUAACCACAAGCUCAGAGUGCUUCCAACCCACCAGGAGCUUCUUGAGGGAAAGA